CAAAAAUGAUUAUUCUCAACAAACCAUAAGGAUAUUGGUACUUUAUACUUCUUAUUUGGAGCGUGAGCAGGUAUAGUAGGAACAUCAAUAAGAAUACUUAUUCGUGCUGAACUUGGUCAACCAGGAUCUUUAAUUGGAGAUGACCAAAUUUAUAAUGUUAUUAUUACAGCUCACGCAUUUGUAAUAAUUUUUUUUAUAGUAAUACCUAUUAUAAUUGGUGGAUUUGGUAAUUGACUAGUACCAUUAAUAAUUGGCGCACCAGAUAUAGCAUUCCCACGAAUAAAUAAUAUAAGUUUUUGAUUACUACCACCUUCACUAACCCUCCUUCUUACAUCUUCUAUAGUAGAUAAUGGUGCUGGUACAGGAUGAACAGUUUACCCUCCUCUUGCAGGAGCCAUCGCACAUGGGGGGGCAUCUGUAGACCUAGCUAUUUUUUCACUUCACUUAGCAGGUGUAUCAUCUAUUCUUGGUGCAGUAAACUUCAUUACAACAGCAAUUAAUAUACGAUCAGAAAGUAUAACUCUAGAUCAAACACCUUUAUUUGUCUGAUCUGUAGCUAUUACAGCCCUUCUCCUACUCUUAUCGCUUCCAGUAUUAGCAGGGGCUAUUACUAUAUUAUUAACAGAUCGAAACUUAAAUACAUCAUUCUUUGACCCUGCAGGAGGGGGUGACCCAAUUCUAUAUCAACAUUUAUUCUGAUUCUUUGGACACCCAGAAGUUUACAUUUUAAUUCUGCCAGGAUUUGGAAUUAUUUCUCACAUUGUAUGUCAAGAAAGAGGAAAAAUUGAAUCAUUUGGAACAUUAGGUAUAAUUUAUGCCAUACUAUCAAUUGGACUAAUAGGAUUUAUUGUAUGAGCACACCAUAUAUUUACAGUAGGAAUGGAUGUAGACACACGAGCAUAUUUUACAUCAGCAACAAUAAUUAUUGCUGUACCUACAGGAAUUAAGGUAUUUAGAUGAUUAGCCACACUAUAUGGUACUAAAUUCAAAUUUAAUCCACCGUUAUUAUGAGCUUUAGGAUUUAUUUUUCUAUUCACAAUUGGUGGAUUAACAGGAUUAGUAUUAGCAAAUUCAUCACUUGACAUCGUAUUACAUGAUACAUACUAUGUAGUAGCCCACUUUCAUUAUGUAUUAUCCAUAGGAGCAGUAUUUGCAAUUAUAGGAGGUGUUAUUCAAUGAUACCCAUUAUUUACAGGAUUAACUAUAAAUAAUACAUGAUUAAAAAUUCAAUUUACAAUUAUAUUUAUUGGAGUAAACUUAACAUUCUUCCCUCAACACUUUCUAGGACUAGCAGGAAUACCACGACGAUAUUCAGACUACCCAGACGCAUAUACAUCAUGAAAUGUAGUAUCAAGAAUUGGGUCCACAAUUUCUAUUGUAGGAAUCAUUAUAUUUAUUUUAAUUAUAUGAGAAAGAAUGGUUACAAACCGAUCAAUCAUAUUUAGAGCUAAUAUAAGAAGAUCAACAGAAUGACUACAAAAUAAUCCGCCUGCAGAACAUAGUUACUCAGAACUACCAUUAAUUUCUAGAU